UGUUGGCACCAGAGUCUGUUACUCCAAGUUUCCAACGGCCAUGGCAUCAUCAAUAAGGUGCUUGCAGUUGCACCCCCAAAUCCAGUUCACCGCUUCAACUUGGAAACCCAGUAACAGUAGGAGAAGCCAAGUCCAAGUAGUCAAGGCAGAGCAGCAAAAUGAAGCAGCCAUUUCAAGACGAUCAUGCGCCAAUAUUCUCAUCACUUGGCUGCCGGCUUUGACCCUCAUUUCGGCGUCUCCGCCGUCGUCGGAGGCCAGAGAGAGACGCAACAGGAAAGUCAUCCCUCUUGAGGACUACAGUACUACCCCAGCUGAUGGAUUGAAAUAUUAUGAUUUGGUUGAGGGAAAGGGUCCAGUAGCUGAGAAAGGAUCAACAGUUCAGGUUCACUUUGAUUGCCUAUAUCGUGGGAUUACCGCUGUAUCAAGCAGGGAAUCUAAAAUCUUGGCUGGAAAUCGUAUUAUUGCCCAGCCAUACGUCUUCAAAGUUGGCGCUACUCCAGGGAAGGAACGAAAGCGAGAGUUUGUGGACAACGCAAAUGGUCUAUUUUCUGCACAAGCUGCACCAAAACCCCCACGAGCAAUGUACUCGGUAACUGAAGGGAUGAAAGUAGGGGGGAAGCGAACUGUGAUUGUUCCUCCAGAGGCUGGAUAUGGCCCAAAGGGCAUGAAUGAGAUUCCUCCUGGAGCAACGUUUGAGCUAAAUCUGGAGCUUUUGCAGCUGAAUCCACCUUCAAGAGAGUGAGCAGCCUGAUACAGGAUGUGACAAGAUCAUGGUAAUUAACUUCCGCAUCAUGACAUCUCUUCAUUUUUUAGUGUAAGAAGAGGCUGUGUUGGAACAACCUUAUUCAGAGAGAAGUUUUGAUCCUGAAAGAUUCUUUUUUGUACCUAAUAGAAAGAUGGCAAAAAGCCGAAUGUAUCUGCAUUUGCUGUAUGCUGUUCAGAUAGGCAAUUUGACAUUUGUAUGCAACAGAUUUUAUCAGUGUGCAACUGUGCAUUUUACCAUUACUGUCAUCAAUGAAGUGAAAGAUUUUGUUUUGGCA